GUCUGCUCUUCACGGAGUGGCUGCUGACUCUGUUCGCAGGGAGCAUGCCCCUGACACCCCUUGCGAUCCUGUGGGAUCACUUCUUCCAGGAAGGCUACAGCGUGAUCUACCGCCUGAUACUCGCCAGAUUGAGGUGUUUGAGACCGUGGCUUCUGGCCGAGACCGAUUUUGGCGUGCUGGUUCAUCUGGUGAAGAACGCUCACUUGGACUUCAUCGGCCCCGACUGCCGGCCGUGGCCUCGACCUGCCCGACGAGGCCUUCCCGGCGUUGCCGUGGAGGAGUCCAGCCCAAAGCGUGGCGAGGGCGUGUCCCGUUCUGCUCACACAG